ACGUCAUGAUGAGCUGUUGGCACACUUGGAGCGCAGGGAGGAGUUAUCGAGUUUAAAUCGCAAAGUUUUCAUUCGUUUACACAUAUUGCUCAUAAAGCAUAAUGUUACGUUUUAGCGGAUACCUGUGUGCCGUAAUGGGAGCACGCAAUUGCUUACCAGUACGGGGCUUUUGUGUUGGUCCACCCUGUUCAAGCUCUGUGAACUUAAAAGGAAAAAGCUUCCUAACGCUGAAAGAUUUCACCUCAGAAGAAAUUAAGCAUCUGUUGUGGACCGCAAGUGAUCUGAAAUACAGAAUUAAACACAAAGGUCAGGAUCUUCCUUUGCUUCAAGGAAAAUCUAUUGCUAUGAUUUUUGAAAAAAGAAGUACCAGAACAAGAAUCGCAACAGAAACUGGAUUUGCACUGUUAGGAGGACACCCUUGCUUCCUCACUUCGAAAGACAUUCACUUGGGCACUAAUGAGAGCACCACCGACACAGCCAGAGUGCUGUCCAGAUUGACUGAUCUGGUUCUUGCCCGAGUUUAUAAGCAUUCAGUGCUUGAGGAGCUGGCCAGAGAAUCCUCUGUUCCGAUUAUCAAUGGACUGUCUGAUCUUUACCACCCUAUUCAGAUCCUGGCUGACUAUCUCACAUUGCAGGAGCAUUAUGGAUUUUUGGAAGGCCUAAAGGUGGCAUGGAUUGGUGAUGGUAACAACGUGCUGAACUCUUUCAUGAUGUCUGCUGCCAAACUUGGAAUUCACCUUAGGAUAGCUACUCCAAAGGGGUAUGAGCCAGAUGCAAGCAUGACAGAAACAGCCAAGAGGCUCUCCAAAGAGUGUGGAACUACAUUUUUAUUAACAAAUGACCCCUUGGAAGCAGCUCAUCAAACCAAUGUGUUGGUAACUGAUACCUGGGUUAGUAUGGGCAUGGAGGAGCAAAAGAAACAGAGGCUGAUGGAUUUCAGUGGCUAUCAAAUCACUUUGCAGACUGCUAAAGUUGCAACCCCAGACUGGACCUUUCUACACUGCUUGCCACGCAAACAAGAAGAAGUGGAUGAUGAGGUGUUUUACUCCACACGAUCUCUAGUAUUCCCAGAGGCAGAGAAUAGGAAGUGGACAAUAAUGGGUCUCAUGGUCUCCUUAUUGACUGAUUUCUCACCUGAAGUACCGAAGCCCAAAUUCUGAUUUACAGUAUCAUUAACCUUUUAACUUUUUUCAUGUGUUUGGAUUGAAAAAUUUCAUUUCAUAAACAUUUUGUUUUUAUUUCUAAACAUAUUAAUGGUUACACAUUGU